CUCUGCUCGUAUAGGUAUAAAGGCAGAGUCGAGCGCUUCGACUGUUCAUUAAACGAGUAUCCAGCAACACAUAAACAUGCAGUUCGUAAAAAUCUGUGCAUUUGUCUUUGCCCUGAUUGUGGCUGUGACCAGUGCUGAGGGAGGAACUCAAGUCAUUAAGACUCCAGGCCACACAUUGGUACAGACUGAAAAUGGACAAUAUAUUCGUAAAAACUAAGGACCUACUGAUCGUUAAAUACUACGUUAAUACUAUGAAGAUACUAUGAAAAAUAUUAAAAAAGAAUACAAAAAAA